AUGGCUCAGGUGGAAGAAACCCUGGAGCGAAUUCAGAGUCAGAAAGGAGUGCAAGGAAUCAUUAUUGUUAACUCAGAAGGUAUUCCCAUUAAAAGCACCAUGGACAACUCCACUACUGUGCAAUAUGCAGGCUUAAUGCACAGCUUAAUCAUGAAGGCCAGGGGCACAGUGCGAGAUAUUGAUCCCCAGAAUGACAUGACCUUCUUGCAGAUUUGUUCCAAGAAAAAUGAAAUCAUGGUUGCACCAGAUAAGGACUAUUUCCUGAUUGCUGUUCAGAACCCAACUGAGUGA